AUGUCCCUCCUUCCCGUACUGUGUCGUACUGUGCUGGUCGUAAUGCAUGCGCUGCAGUUGACCCGGUACUACAACUAUCCGUACACAUCGACCAGCUCCGCUGAGAUGGCCCUCAUGGUGACAGACUUGUCUACGUUGGGGCUUGCCACGGAAGGCCUCGAGGUCUGCUACGAAACGCGAGGUUGCAACGAUUGGGCGGAGCUCUGUCGAUCUGGUGUGCCGGGCUCCCCCGAAGGCUGCCGUUUUUCGCUCAGCACGCCAUUUAGCCCACCGCCUUAUCCGCCACCCAGCCCCCCGCCAACAAAUACUUCCCAGCCGACACCCCAAGCCGCCCCGUAG